AUGGCGCGAAAACAAUGCACGCUGUUCGUAACAUUCUAUAUCAAGCCCGGCAUGAUCGAAGAGUGGAAGGAAGCCCACCGACCGGUGUGGGCGGCCUGCGCCGCUGAGCCUGAAUGUCUACUGUUCGACGUCUUCAACGACCCGAAACAGCCUGGAGUCUUUCGUCUUCUCGAAGUCUGGAAUGAGUCGCGGGAGUGGUUCGAGACGAAGCAGUUGACGAAGCCGUACUACGAGACUUUAUGGGCGAAGUCGAAGCCGACGUGGGAGAAGGAGUUCGAGAUUGAGUAUUUUGAGCGCCUUGGGGAGGGAUGCAGUUACAGGGAGGGUUAUCUGGAGGGUGGGAAGGCUAUGGGCUAG